AUGUUGGAAGAAUGUUGGUUGGAAGACCUGGUUGGAGAAUUACAGUGGAAACUCAAAGUACAACUCCCAGCUGUGCCCCAAAACUAUUCUCCAUACACUCCACAAGCUACUUACCAACCUACCAGUAUACCAUCAUCGCCAGUUUACCACGAGCCUUCUUAUUCAUACGGCUAUGCAUCUUCUCCAAUCACUUCAUCCCCUAUAAAACAUGCUCAUGAAUCUAUAUGGUCGAGUUCUAAUCCAGCGGCCAAGAAUAGUAAUAAUAAUAUAUGGACGUAUACUCCAUCAUAUCAAUAUGUUCCAAAUAAUGGUCCAGUGUUCGCUGAACCAACAAAUAACUACAUCCAAUUUCGUGGGCUACACCAACCCAUAUUACAACUACAAUACUGCUUCUUGCUAACGCUAUUUUUAUUGUUUAUUUCGUUUAAUUUCACCUGA